CAGAGCCCCGCACAGGCACACGCCUCCCCCUGCCCCUGUUCCCAGGAGCGUGUGGGAAGUGGGUCAGGAUCGGGGAGAGCCCGCAUCCCGAAGGGGGGAAGUGGGGGGCUCGCCCCCUCCAUGGAGCAUGGGGGUGCCAUGGGGCACCUAUGGAUGGUCCCCCCAAAGCAAGGCAGAAAGGAUCUCAGGCCAGGAUGGAAAUGGGGGGGCCAGUGCCCCCAACAUGGAGAUUCUGGGGUGCAACCUUGCUUAACAGGAGGCACUUUCUGUGGUGAGUGAGGACCAGUCCAUAUUCGACCCCCCCUACGGCCCUCCCCACCUCAUGAAGACAGAGGUGCCCCCUGCCGAGGAGUACAACGGCAAGGAGAGGCCGGCGCUGGGGGAGCCGGACUGGUCCAGUCAGACCAGCAGGGGGCACUCUGUGAAGAGGGAGAAUGAGAAUGUCAACUGCUCCAGACAGUCCCCCGUGGACUGCAGUGUAUCCAGACGCAGCAAAUCCGGGAGCGACCCACACCCCAUCCCCUACCCAGCCAGCUACAGCGACCAGCGGAGCAGCCCCCCAGCCAACCCCCCCAGCGAGGAGAAGAGGGUUAUCGUCCCAGCGGACCCUGGUGUGUGGACCCAGGACCACGUGCGCCAGUGGCUGGACUGGGCGGUGAAGGAGUACGGGCUGGAGGAGGUGGACGUGGGCCUGUUCCAGCACGUGGACGGCAAGGAGCUGUGCAAGAUGGGCAAGGAGGAUUUCCUGCGCCUCACCUCGCCCUACAACGCCGACGUGCUGCUGUCCCACCUGGCCUACCUGCGGCAGAGCAGCCCGACCUUCACCUACCCGGCUGCCCCAGCUGUGACCCCCCAGCCCCCCGCGCCCCCACCACGUGUGCAAGUGAAAACAGAGUCCCCCUAUGAGGAAAUCAGGCGAAGCAGCUGGAGCGGCUCCCUCAGCGGAGGCCCCAAAGGGUCCCCUCCCCAGAUCCAGGGGGUGAAUCGGACAAGUGACUCCCCACGGAUCGUAACAGAUCCAUACCAGGUCCUGGGACCCACCAGCAGCCGCUUGGCAAACCCAGGCAGCGGCCAGAUCCAGCUGUGGCAGUUCCUGCUGGAGCUGCUGUCGGACAGCAGCAACGCCGGGUGCAUCACGUGGGAGGGCACCAACGGGGAGUUCAAGAUGACGGACCCGGACGAGGUGGCCCGGCGCUGGGGCGAGCGCAAGAGCAAGCCCAACAUGAACUACGACAAGCUGAGCCGGGCCCUGCGCUAUUACUACGACAAGAGCAUCAUGACCAAGGUGCACGGGAAACGUUACGCCUACAAGUUCGACUUCCAGGGCAUCAGCCAGGCCCAGCAGAACCACCCGGGCGAGGGGCCCCUCUACAAGUACCACCCGGCCGACCUGUCCUACCUGCCUUCCUACCACCAGCAGAAGGUGGGCUUCGGCCUCGGCCACGCCGCCCAGCUGCCCGUCUCCUCCGCCGGCUUCUUCGGGGCCCCCUCGCCCUACUGGAACGCCGGCUCCGGGAACCUCUACCAGAGCUCGCCCGUGCCCCGGCCCGCUGCCGGCCACCUGAACUCCUUCUAUUAGCCACGGGGGGCACCCGGCCUGCUGGUGGCCACCUGAACUCCUUCUAUUAGCCACAGGGGGCACCCGGCCCGCCGCCAGCCACCUGAACCUCUUCUACUAGCCAUGGGGGGCACCCGGCCCGCCGCUGGCCACCUGAACUCCUUCUACUAGCCAUGGGGGGUGCCCGGCCCGCCGCUGGCCACCUGAACUCCUUCUACUAGCCACGGGGGGCACCCGGCCCGCCGCCGGCCACCUGAACUCCUUCUACUAGCCAUGGGGGGUGCCCGGCCCGCCGCCAGCCACCUGAACCUCUUCUACUAGCCAUGGGGGGCACCCGGCCCGCCGCCGGCCACAUGAACUCCUUCUAUUAGCCACAGGGGGCGCCCGGCCUGCUGGUGGCCACCUGAACUCCUUCUACCAGCCACGGGGGGCGCCCGGCCUGCUGGCGGCCACCUGGACUCCUUCUACUAGCCAUGGGGGGUACCUGGCCUGCCAGCGGCCACCUGAAUUCCUUCUACUAGCCAUGGGGGCACUUGGCCUCCCGCCGGCCACCUGAACUCCUUCUACUAGCCCUGGGGGGCGCUUGGCCCACUGCUGGCCACCUAAACUCCUUCUGCUAGGCACAGCAGGCACUUGGCCCGCUGCUGGCCACCUGAACCCCUUCUGCUAGCCACAGGGGGCGCUUGGCCCGCUGCUGGCCACCUGAACCCCUUCUGCUAGCCACAGGGGGCGCUUGGCCCGCUGCUGGCCACCUGAACCCCUUCUGCUAGCCACGGGGGGCACCCGGCCCGCCGCCGGCCACCUGAACUCCUUCUAUUAGCCACAGGGGGCACCCGGCCCGCCGCCGGCCACCUGAACUCCUUCUACUAGCCAUGGGGGGUGCCCAGCCUGCCGCCGGCCACCUGAACUCCUUCUACUAGCCAUGGGGGGCGCCCGGCCCGCCGCCGGCCACAUGAACUCCUUCUAUUAGCCACGGGGGGUGCCCGGCCUGCUGGUGGCCACCUGAACUCCUUCUACCAGCCACGGGGGGCGCCCGGCCUGCUGGCGGCCACCUGGACUCCUUCUACUAGCCAUGGGGGGUACCUGGCCUGCCAGCGGCCACCUGAACUCCUUCUACUAGCCCUGGGGGGCGCUUGGCCCACUGCUGGCCACCUAAACUCCUUCUGCUAGGCACAGCAGGCACUUGGCCCGCUGCUGGCCACCUGAACCCCUUCUGCUAGCCACAGGGGGCGCUUGGCCCGCUGCUGGCCACCUGAACCCCUUCUGCUAGCCACAGGGGGCGCUUGGCCCACUGCUGGCCACCUGAACCCCUUCUGCUAGCCACAGGGGGCGCUUGGCCCACUGCUGGCCACCUGAACUCCUUCUACUAGCCACAGGGGUGCCCCAGCCUGCCAGCAGCCACCUGAACUCCUUCUACUAGCUAUGGGGAGGAAGGGGGUGCCACAGCACAUGGGGGCUCCGUAACUACCUACUAGCCACAGGUGGGGUCCCCCCAAACAUGGAGAGCCAUGUGGGAUCCUUCUGCUGCCUGUCCCCAGCCCUGUUGCUGCCUCCAGCCCAACCAGUGCCUGGAAAGACCUCUCAUCCCUUCCCCCGAUAGUAGGGUGCCCCCCCCACUGGAGGUUUUUGGGGGGCCAGGGGCUCCCCAUUCUGGCUGGACUCCUUGUGCUCUGGACUGGGAAGGGCCCUGGGGGACAGCCCAUGGGGUGCAGGGUUUUUUAACCUGCAGUUGUCCCUCCCAGAAGGCAGAAGACCCCCCACCCCCAAUCCUGCCUUGAGCCGAUGCCUCCCCUCCCAGCGUGGCUCCCACAACAGGUGCUCGUUAAACACUGUGGGACGCCUGUUGGGGGGUGGGGCGGGCGGGCUGGCUGAGACAACUUUUGGGUGAGGCUGUGAGCGUGGGCAUCUGUCAGGAGUGGAGGCUGGUUGUUGCUUUGGACACAGCAGCGGGAGCCCGCUGAGUGUGGACGCCUGUUGUAACUGGUGCCAGCUGUUACCUCUAGACACUAGGGGGCGCCUGUUGGGUGAGGCCGGCUGUUGUGUGGGGGGUGCCUAUGGAGGGGUGGAAACCAGCUAGUGCCUCCCCCCUCCAUCCCCUCAUCCCAACCUCCCCUCUGUAGGCAGGGCCGUGGGUCUCAUGGUAACAGCCCCCCACCCUGGGGGAAUGGUGUGCGGAUACACUGUAGCGCCGCUGCUCUGUGGGGGAUUGUAUCCGUGACACCCCCAGUUCCGUGGGGCUGACAGCGACUGUAAUAUGCCUCCUCCCUCACCCCAUGUAUUAAAGGUUGUGUUGUUGCG